UUAAUAUCACCAUACGGGUAUUUUGUAGUGGUAGGGUAACAUGGGGAAAGAUGACCCCCCUCAUGUCCCCACACACACACCCCUAUUUUAUGCUGCUGACCAUAUAUAACACAAAAUCUCACACUUUUGAUGAAUGGCUAUGCUAUUUUUAAUUUUGUCAUUUCAUCUGAAUAUCAACAUUUGUGAGAUUUACUCAGUCGAAACAGUUUCUGCGUUAAUUGAUCUAAUUUUGUGUCUGGAAAAUUGUGUGUUUGUCAAUGAGGGAUUUGUAGACACAUCAAUGUUUUUGGAUUUGUAGAGAAAAAGUUUGAAUUAAGAUGGCAUUGUGUUACUAGUGUAAUUAUUUUUAAAUGUAAUAAUCAUUGUAAUUAAUGGGGUUAUCAUUUAAUAUUUCCAUGAAUUAGAUGUACUUCAGACAUCUUCGCUUUCAUUAAAACCUAUAGGUUGAGUGAAAUCAUUCAAUUUGAUUUCAUAAUGUUGCUAUUAUCAUAUAUCUUUAAUUAAAAUAUGGGCAAUUAAAUAUGUUAAUAUUCAUAUGCCUGUACACAAGUUCUAGAAUAAUUUUACCUUUCAGAUGAAUCUCUUUUACUGGGAUUCUGCUUUGUCUGUCAUUGGUUAUUCAAUUAUUCAAACUGUCGACAUAAAAAUUUAAAAUAUAAAACUUUAAAAUAUAUAUUAAUAUUAAUAAAAAUUACAUCAAAAGUAACAUUCAUGCUGUAAGAGUUUGUCCAAGGGGAAGCUUACUAGGCCUACUCUUAAUAUUUUACAUUUUGUGAUAUAACAACUAAAUUAGAAAAUGUUUCUGUUUAUUUCCUGUAAUAACACAUUGGCAUGCUAAACUUGUAUCUAAAUAUGUUACAGUUUAAAAGUAAAUCUACAUUGUUCUAAAGGGGGUCAUCUUCCUCCAUGUUACCCUAAUGUUCUAAUGAUGAUAAGGUAGACGGCAACUCAGCUGUUAUAUCGCGGGCAGACUGCAGAUGGCAGCAUAUUCAACACUUGGAACACGUUGAUCGCAGAUUUGAAAUGACUUGAUAUGAAAUGCUUGAUGAGUUUCAUAUUUAAUAUAUGAUUUACUUAAAUAUUUUUGGGGCUUAAACUGACCCCGAACAUCGUACGCCUCUGUGACAUUUCAAAACACUCACAAAAAGACACAAUUACUAUUGACAUAAGCAUCUUUUAAUGGGACACUCACACACUCUCAGAUUAGUCUUGUUCCGUGACUGCGACGGCUGUGAAUUUCCUCAAAGCAAACCUACAUAAACAAACAUCAAACACCAGGAUAACUGAUGACGAGUGCUGGGAGAUUUUCUGGCAUAUUUUAUCGACAGAUAUUUGUUCCAUCGUGUGUGUAUGUGUGUGUCUCAGAGGGAUUUCCCGUAUGUUGGAUGUUUAUUCUUGCGGUUCUGUCGUGUUUCUCUGAAGUCUUCGGCUCUUAAUGCUGCUGGAGAAAGACUUCCACGUAACGCUCCACCCAUCUCUCCACCUAGCGCACUUUACAUUAUUUAAGAAUAGAAACACCUUCCUCUGACAUGACUUGAGAAGUAUCGGUUUGUAAGUGAAGUCAAGCUGUCUGCAUUCACUAAGGAAUAUCCAUGCAUGAACUCAUUUGAAACACUCUUCUGCUCACUGCAUGUGCACCUGCUCUCGCAUGCCUCCCUGACAGACAUGAACUUAGAUGGGGACUGCAGCAUGUCAGUCAGUUGUGGGAAUGGCAAACUUAGACAGUGGCUCAUCGAUCAGAUUGACAGCGGGGAGUAUCCCGGCUUGGUUUGGGAAAAUGACGAGAAAACCAUUUUCAGGAUUCCUUGGAAACACGCGGGGAAACAGGACUACAACCGCGAUGAGGACGCGGCGCUCUUCAAGGCUUGGGCCCUGUUUAAAGGCAAAUACAGGGAAGGCUUGGACAAACCAGACCCUCCAACGUGGAAGACAAGACUCCGCUGUGCCCUGAACAAAAGUAAUGACUUUGAUGAACUGGUGGAGCGAAGCCAGUUGGACAUAUCGGAUCCUUACAAGGUCUACAGGAUAAUACCAGAAGGAGCAAAGAGAGGCUCUAAGGCCAGUAGUAUGGAGGACAACACGACGCACGUGACUCCUAUUAGUUAUCCCAUGCAUUCUCCUUAUCCACCUCUACAGCCUCAGAUGCCGGGAUACAUGCACCCCCAGGAGAGACGUGAUUGGAGAGAAUAUAGUGCAGACCAGCCUCAUGCCCAAACGCCUCACGCGGAGUUACCGUACGGCCAGUGUCCGUAUCCACCAACACGCUCUUUACCCUGGCAUGCAUCGCCCUGUGACAACGGAUACCAGAUAUCUGGCUCCUUCUACACCUACUCACCUACAGAAACCCAUCCAGUGGCAAUGGACCCCAAUAUGAGAUCCGCUGAAGCCAUGGCCAUUUCAGACUGUCGUCUGCACGUCUCCCUGUACUACCGUGAGUCACUUGUUAAGGAAGUCACCACCAACAGCCCUGAAGGCUGUCGAAUCUCCUCCUCUCCGUCCCCAGGAUCCCCUUCAUCCCCUUCUUCUCCUUGCCCAGAGGAAAGGCUCUAUGGUGGGGCAGAGCCUGUGCUCUUUCCCUUCCCAUACCCCCAGUCCCAGCGGCGUGGGGCCGAGAAGCUGCCCAACAUCUUGGAGCGUGGCGUUCUGCUGUGGUUGGCACCGGAUGGGCUGUACGCCAAGCGGCUGUGCCAAGGCAGAGUAUAUUGGGAAGGUCCACUGGCACCAUAUGCAGACAAGCCAAACAAGCUGGAGAAAGAGCAGACCUGCAAGCUGAUGGAUACACAGCAGUUCCUCUCAGAAUUGCAGGGUUUCAUUCACCACGGCCGCCCCAUGCCACGUUCUCAGGUGGUGCUGUGCUUUGGAGACGAGUUCCCGGACCCUCAGCGGCAGAGCAAAAUGAUCACAGCUCAGGUGGAGCCCAUGUUUGCCAGACAGCUCCUGUAUUUUGCAGGCCAGACCAAUGGUCACUACUUGCGUGGAUAUGAGCUUCAGAGUCAAGGUGCUUUACCUGUAGAAGAGUAUCAGAGAAGCAUCCAACACUUGCAAGAGUAACCGUCACAUAAAACAGCUCAUGUCUCCAGAGCCAGCAAAGAAACCAAAUGGAGGAUCAUUAACAUGGUAAUGAAGACUUGAAAUCAUAUUGCGUUUGCCUAACCAAGUGCCCGCUUUCACAUCCCCAAAGCUACAAUGCGCAUCUAAACAUGUUUUGAAAGAAAAUCCAGCUCUUCGGACACAAUGAUCAUACAGCAAUUUUCUAUGAAACUGUUCAUGAUGAUCAAAGUUUCUGGUGAAUUAUGUCUCAAUAUACUGUGAGGUUGAGAAGUCUGAGAACACAUGGAAUAUCUGAGAUUCUUUUCUCAGCUUUAGGAUUUUGAAAAAUGUAAAACAAAGUCAGGUUAUGACAUCAUAUAUGGUAGAUAAUAGCACAUAUAUGUCAUGGAUCAUGUGAUUCUUUAUACAGACGGUCAGAUUUUAUGUUCAUAAGAUGAUCAUCAGGUUUUGUUCAUGUCAGCUGUCAUGAAAGCAAACAAACAAAUGCUAAGACAAGUUCAACUUUUCACUCAAAUCGUCAUGAUAUCAUAUCAUUUGUAAUGAAAUGUUGUAUUAAAUUAGAAAAAAAUGCAAAGAUGAAGCUAGUUUUAGUGGACCCGCUGGACUUCUAAAUAUUGCAUAUGGACAUUUCUGAAAGAAGCUAACAACUAAAAUUAAAAGUAACAACUACAAAUGUAACUAUUUUUUCACAAAAUAUAAUAAUAAUUGUUUGUUAGUGGACCAAAUAUUUUUUAGUAAAUUGCUGUAUAUUUGCAUAGAUUUUCUUUUACCAGUCUGUAUUCCUCUGCCUUUCUAACACAAUUCUUUAUUUUUCUCAUUGUUUUUAACUCGGCGACAUGUGAGUAUUUAUAUUGCAUGUGUGUAGGUGUCUAUAUGCAAAGCCGAAUGUACUGUAUAGGUGUAUAGAUAUCUUGAAUGUAAUCAAAGUAAUUAUUUCUCUGAAUGGCAUCUGACAAGAAGUUAUAUAAUGCAAAAUACUAAGAAACAGUUUGUGGCUGUGUGUGUGCUUGUGUGUGUGUGUGUGUGUGUGUGUGUGCGUGUCUGUGUGUAUGAUUGUUAUCUGCCUAUGAGUAAAGAUCUAAGUUGCAAAUGUUAUCAUAAAAUCUGCAUCUCCCCAGUGUGUUUGUGUGUGUGUGUGUGUGUGUGUGUGUGUGUAUGUGUGUGUCUCGCACGAGAGCAGGUAACUGCCCACAAAACUGUGAUGAUGUCAGAUGUGUGAAUGAAACUGGCAUGAAGAGAAAGAUCUUUUAAAUUUUCUUGUUUCCAGCUGUUUUCAUUGUCUCUUUGUUGUUGUUUUGUCUAUUUUUUUUUUUUUUCAAAUCUGGAUGGUUUUUUUUUUUUAAGUCAAAUAAAAAUAUUUUCCUAUUA